AAGUUAUCAUCAUAAAUGGCGAUGGAUAUGAAAAGUUAUCUGCAAAUAUAAAGCUGCUCUCUCUCUCUCUCUCUCUCUCUCUCUCUCUCUAUUUCUCUCCAAGCAAGCGAGUUCAACAGUGAAGAAGAAGUAAGGAAAUGGCUCAAGAGAAAUCCAAGGCAGCCUCAACCGUAUGGCCGACAGUGAAGCCAUUCGUCAAUGGUGGAGCUUCUGGCAUGCUCGCUACCUGUGUAAUCCAGCCCAUCGACAUGAUUAAGGUGAGGAUUCAGUUGGGUCAAGGAUCAGCAGUAGACGUGACCAAGACGAUGAUUAAAAACGAGGGUUUCGGUGCAUUAUACAAGGGUCUAUCUGCUGGAUUGCUUAGACAAGCUACAUAUACUACUGCAAGACUUGGAACAUUCAAGAUUUUGACUAACAAGGCAAUUGAGGCUAACGAUGGAAAGCCAUUGCCCCUGUAUCAGAAAGCUUUGUGCGGGUUAACUGCUGGUGCGAUUGGGGCAACUGUUGGAAGUCCGGCAGAUUUAGCAUUGAUUCGAAUGCAGGCCGACGCAACAUUACCUGCUGCUCAACGUAGAAACUACACAAAUGCAUUCCAUGCCCUUUAUCGUAUUUCUGCAGAUGAAGGAAUUCUUGCACUCUGGAAAGGAGCAGGACCCACUGUCGUUAGAGCCAUGGCUCUUAAUAUGGGAAUGCUUGCCUCGUAUGAUCAAAGUGUUGAGUUCUUUAAGGAUUCUCUUGGCUGUGGCGAAGUUGCUACUAUCUUGGGUGCGAGUUCAGUUUCAGGGUUCUUUGCUUCGGCAUGCAGUCUUCCAUUUGAUUAUGUGAAAACUCAAAUACAGAAGAUGCAACCUGAUGCUGAAGGCAAAUUGCCUUAUAAAGGUUCUUUGGAUUGUACUUUGAAGACUCUGAAAUCGGGAGGACCUUUCAAAUUCUAUACGGGUUUUCCUGUUUAUUGUGUCAGGAUCGCGCCUCAUGUCAUGAUGACUUGGAUAUUCCUCAACCAAAUCCAGAAGUUUCAGAAGUCUGCUGGUCUAUAAUCAAACUUCAAAACUUUAGUAUCAUUUUUCUUGUUAAAGAUUAAACAAAAUACAAUAUUGUUGUUAUAUAUAUAUAUAUUUUGAAUAGAAGGUUCAAAAAUUUUCAUUA